AUGCACGCAAAGUUUGCAGACACACGCAAUAUCCACUCUCGAGACACAGCCUCCGUAACACAAACAGCUACCAAAGUUAUGGCAUUCAAAGUCUUGUUCUGUAGCCUUGUACUUUUGUUGGUUUCCUUGCUCCAUUUUGCUACCUAUGCUUUCUCCACAUCUUCUGUGGCUGCUACAGCUGAAGUAGGUAAAGCAUUUGAGGAAGCAGAAGCUCUUCUAAACUGGAAAGCCAGUCUUGACAACCAAAACAAAUCUCUCCUGUCUUCGUGGGUUGGAGACCACCCAUGCAUUAAUUGGGUUGGAAUUACUUACGAUGAUAUGGAAUUGGGUGUCACUCGCCUAAACCUUUCCAGUUUUGGUUUGAAAGGUACGCUUUACAACCUUAACUUAUCUUCCUUUCCCAACCUCCAUUCUCUCUAUCUUUUACAAAACUCGCUUUAUGGAACUAUUCCUGAUAGUAUUGGAGACCUUUCUAAACUCACCCAUCUCGAAUUCUCUCACAAUAAUCUUUUUGGUGCAUUUCCUCCUAGCAUUUUUAACCUUUCCAAACUUCGGUUUUUCAAUUUGACUGGAAAUCAGAUACCGCAAGAAUUCCACCCGAGAUAG